AAAAGCUUUGAUCGCCUUAUGCUGGAGGUCCAAAUGCCCUCGGAAUAUGGGGCUCGGUACCCAUCAGAGGGUGAUACUGGUGCCGACGCUCCGGCCGGUUAUGUGACCAUGUGGUCCGAUUUCUUCGGAGAUUGUAACCUCCGAUUACCGUUGACGGUGUUUGUUGUGGAUAUCUUGGAGUGGUACAAGGUCCACAUUUCUCAAGUGAGUCCGUUUGGGAUGAUUCGGAUUCGUAACUUUGAGUUUACCUUCCGUGCUCUUGGCAUAGAGCCUACCGUUGGAGACUUCCGACGGUUUUAUCAGAUGACAGUGUCCAUGGGGUUCUUUUCUUUCCGUCUACGAGACGGUACCCCAAAGCUGAUGACUCCCCCUAAGGGGAUGACGAUGUGGAAGAAGAAGUUCUUCUACAUCAAGUCUGCUGCCCUUGCUGUGAAUAUGACGUUUCGGAAUGUGACCGAGACGAUCAUAGCAGAGACCAUUGCGAUGCCCAGUUUGAAAUCAGUGCAAUGGUUCCCGCAACUGCAGACUAUUGAGUCUGUGAAGUUGACCAACACGCAACUAUGGCUGUUGCGUAUGAUGUUGAGGAGGGGCAAGAACUCGAAACCCGUGGUGCGGGAAAAGAGCGGUGAAGAUGCCCCCGCAUGGAGGAUGUUUGCUCCGGAUUUCGAGGGUACGGUUGAGACCGUAGUUUGUGCGGAUGGUGAACAGGAUCACAACACUAUCAUCCGUAGUAACUUCCGGGUGCCUACUGCGGCUGCACUGGCAGUUGAGUUGCCAGUAGGCAAAGGUGAUCUUGGGGCCUUGGGGGACCCUGAAGCGAAAGGUGUGCCAAAGAGGCAAACUGUGAAGGGCGUGCGCUUCCGCCAAAAGAAGAUAAAGGAGGUCACUACUGUGCCUCAUUUGGUGCCGCAGGCAGCAGCCGCGGAGUCACGUUCUGGUGCUGCGAAGAAGCAGGCAGAAGAGGUGGCUGCGGGAGGGACAGCUGCGGGUCCCCCUGUGAUUGGUGAGAAGAGGAGGCCAGAGCAGAAAGCUGCUGGUGGUGUUGAAACCAAACGUCGGAGGCUAGUAACCAAAAGGUCUGCUCCGGCGCAGAAGAAACCUGCGGUUGUCGUUGAGCGUCAAGAUGAAGAUUUUUCUAUCUUCGAUGCUCCGGAGUCCCCUCCGCGUGCCAUGGAUGCGGGUGGAGCGGAGGUGCCAUCGACACCUCCCGUCAAGGUGGUACCUGAGUCAACCGUGCAGAAGGAGGGUACCGCAGAGAAUGCUGCGGCCCAGAUAUUUGAUACUGUCGACUCGUCCAACAACCUGAUCUCUCCCAAUGAGGGAGACGAUUUGAGUUUGCGGUUCACUGCUACCGGGAAGCAACAUUCUGAUGCUGAACCGCAAAAAACUGGCGAUGAAGCGCGGCAGCAUGAUGCUGGGCCGCAGAAGUCUGCGGUUGAUAAGGGUACCAGUUCGUCGGCCGAUGGUGCGGGGUAUGACGGGCCUCCAAUUCAGCCUGGGGAGUCUGAAUUGGAGUAUUACUACCGCACCUACUCCCAGGAUCGCGGUACGCUGUACCAUCGACCCCCCUGGACUGUAUUGCAGGGGGAUGAUAUUGCUAACGACCCUGCGGCCUGCAGGGAGAUCCUGGGCGGUCUUGGGACCCCUUUUGAAGUUGAGCGGGCUCGUGCCGCACCGCGGGAGCUGCGUAUAAACCAGCUCUCGACCAUGUUGGUAGGGACUUCCAUUGUGGCUAAUGCCAUUUUGGAAGAUUAUAAGGUGCUGGGCCGCCGCGAGGAAGAUGCUGCUCGCAUGCGGGCAGAAGCGGAAAAGCUGGUCCAGGCUGCCCGUGCGGGUGCGGAGCAGUUCGAGAAGGAUAAAGCUGCUUUUGAGAAGCAGAAGCAGACUUCGGAAUGGGCUGCCGCUGCCCAGCUAAAACAGAUUGUCGAGGCUAUAAUGAAUGCUCCUGAGACCUCAUCAGGUUUGGACCUGGUUAAGGAACGUGCGCGUGAUGCGGGCUUCAAGGCUGGUUUUAACCGCUGCAUUGGGCACAUCAAUGCAGCCCGUCACAUUGCCAACAACUCUGUUUACCAUGAGAGAACAAAGCACGUUGAGAUGGAUUGCUUCUUUGUGCGUGAACGUGUAGAAUCAAAGGAAAUUGUUCCAAUGAAUAUCAGCAGCAAGAUGCAAAUUGCAGACCUACUGACAAAGGGCCUUUCUAGACAACAACUUGGUUUCUUACUUGGCAAGAUUAGCAUGAUCAACUUACAUGCUUCAUCUUGA